GUGGUGUUUGGGGUGGUGUGUUACUGGAACAGAGUGGUGUUUGAGGUGGUGUGUUACUGGAACAGAGUGGUGUUUGAGGUGGUGUGUUACUGGAACAGAGUGGUGUUUGAGGUGGUGUGUUACUGGAACAGAGUGGUGUUUGAGGUGGUGUGUUACUGGAACAGAGUGGUGUUUGAGGUGGUGUGUUACUGGAACAGAGUGGUGUUUGGGGUGGUGUGUUACUGGAACAGAGUGGUGUUUGAGGUGGUGUGUUACUGGAACAGAGUGGUGUUUGAGGUGGUGUGUUACUGGAACAGAGUGGUGUUUGAGGUGGUGUGUUACUGGAACAGAGUGGUGUUUGAGGUGGUGUGUUACUGGAACAGAGUGGUGUUUGAGGUGGUGUGUUACUGGAACAGAGUGGUGUUUGAGGUGGUGUGUUACUGGAACAGAGUGGUGUUUGAGGUGGUGUUGUUACUGGAACAGAGUGGUGUUUGAGGUGGUGUGUUACUGGAACAGAGUGGUGUUUGAGGUGGUGUGUUACUGGAACAGAGUGGUGUUUGGGGUGGUGUGUUACUGGAACAGAGUGGUGUUGGGUGGUGUGUUACUGGAACAGAGUGGUGUUUGAGGUGGUGUGUUACUGGAACAGAGUGGUGUUUGGGGUGGGUGUUACUGGAACAGAGUGGUGUUUGGGGUGGUGUGUUACUGGAACAGAGUGGUGUUUGAGGUGGUGUGUUACUGGAACAGAGUGGUGUUUGGGUGGUGUGUUACUGGAACAGAGUGGUGUUUUGGGUGGUGUGUUACUGGAACAGAGUGGUGUUUGGGGUGGUGUGUUACUGGAACAGAGUGGUGUUUGAGGGUGGUGUGUUACUGGAACAGAGUGGUGUUUGGGGUGGUGUGUACUGGAACAGAGUGGUGUUUGAGGUGGUGUGUUACUGGAACAGAGUGGUGUUUGGGGUGGUGUGUUACUGGAACAGAGUGGUGUUUGGGGUGGUGUGUUACUGGAACAGAGUGGUGUUUGAGGUGGUGUGUUACUGGAACAGAGUGGUGUUUGAGGUGGUGUGUUACUGGAACAGAGUGGUGUUUGAGGUGGUGUGUUACUGGAACAGAGUGGUGUUUGAGGUGGUGUGUUACUGGAACAGAGUGGUGUUUGAGGUGGUGUGUUACUGGAACAGAGUGGUGUUUGGGGUGGUGUGUUACUGGAACAGAGUGGUGUUUGGGGUGGUGUUACUGGAACAGAGUGGUGUUUGAGGUGGUGUGUUACUGGAACAGAGUGGUGUUUGGGGUGGUGUGUUACUGGAACAGAGUGGUGUUUGGGGUGGUGUGUUACUGGAACAGAGUGGUGUUUGAGGUGGUGUGUUACUGGAACAGAGUGGUGUUUGAGGUGGUGUGUUACUGGAACAGAGUGGUGUUUGAGGUGGGUGUUACUGGAACAGAGUGGUGUUUGAGGUGGUGUGUUACUGGAACAGAGUGGUGGUGGUGUGUUACUGGAACAGAGUGGUGUUUGAGGUGGUGUGUUUACUGGAACAGAGUGGUGUUUGGGGUGGUGUGUUACUGGAACAGAGUGGUGUUUGGGGUGGUGUGUUACUGGAACAGAGUGGUGUUUGAGGUGGUGUGUUACUGGAACAGAGUGGUGUUUGAGGUGGUGUGUUACUGGAACAGAGUGGUGUUUGAGGGGUCUAGGACACGACAUGCUGUAACAAUGUCUGCUUGAUUUCUGACUCUGUUUCUCUCUCUGUGUGUGUGUGUGUGCGUUUGUGUGUGUGUACACGUGUGUGUGUGUGUGUCUCCUCCAGGGCUCCAGUCCUAAACUGACAGCCCGUUGCUCAGACAUCCUGGAGAUCCGCCGCUGCAACUGUCUGGAGAUGCCUGACAACACCAACACAUUUGUUCUAAAGGUGAGGAAGAGGAGAGACCCCUGUUAUUGCCUCAUUUCUUGUCCUUUUCUCCACAUCACCUUUUCUCUCUCACACACACACACACACACACACACACACACCCUCUGCCAGACCUGCCUCAGUUUCUGUCUGUUCCAGUUCUUGAGUGUGUGUUUGUCACGUCUUUCUGUGUGCGUGUACAAUCUCCUUUACCGGCAGUAUUAUCUCCUCCCCAGGUUAAUCACUAUCCAGGUAGUCUCAUAUUUGAGACUGACAAUGACCAACAGGUCAGCUCCUGGACAACAGAACUUAAAGAAUGGAUAAAAAACAGGUGAGAGACGUGCCACAUCUAACCUAAAUGUUACCACUGUUUAAAAUGCUACUCUCCUCCCCAUCUACUGUCAGUCUUUUUCUUCAUCUAGCUUUAUUCCGUGUGCGUGUGCGUGCGGAGCGGUGUCAGGUGCAGCCCCGUGAAAGAGGAAGCGUGGGGGAGGUGUGAAUCUCAGUGGGGGGAUUUCAGGACCUUUCUGCAGAAGUCUGGAUUCUCCAUCUCACUUCCCCUCCCCAGACUCUGGUUCUCAGGCCAACACGUUUUCAGCUCUGCAGCACACAUGUCCCAAGGCCACACACACACACACACACACACACACACACACACACACACACACAUUUGAGUCUCAUGCAGUACUGACAUCUAGUAGUUAGCAUACUGCUAUAGGAUACCACAUUUGUCUUCAAAAUAGAUACCCUAUAAAAUGGCUGACGUGUUCUGGGAAUGAUGAGCUAUUGGAGACAUUGACACGGCUGUAAUUUCCUGUUUUGGAGGAUAAAAUCGUGCACCAACCCAUGGCAUGGCCACACUUUCAACAUGUCUGUUAUCAUGCUGUUCCAAAUCUAGCAGUUACAGGACACAAGAUUAUACUCAAGAUUGUAUGAGUGUGCACAUUCAUUAGUUUGCGCAUGUGUGCAGCUAUUUUCCGUGUGAUUUCGAGAUAUACAGUGUCUAUAGAAAGUCUACACCCCCCCUUGGAUUUCUUCAGUUUAUUGUGUUACAAAGUGGGAUUAACAAUCUACACAAAAUGCUCUGUCAAAGUGGAAGAAAAAUUCUAACAUCUUUUAAAGAUUAAUGAAAAAGUAUACCUUGAUUAGAUAAGUAUUCACCCCCCUGAGUCAGUGCAUGUUAGAAACACCUUUGGCAGUGAUUAAAGCUGUGAGUCUUCUUGGGUAAGUCUCAUAAGAGCUUUCCACACCUGGAUUGUGCAAUAUUUACCCAUUGUUAUUAAAACAAUUCUUCAAGCUCUGUCAAGGUGUUGGGGUCAUGGUUAGACAGCAAUUUCCAUGUCUUGCCAUAGAUUUUCAAGCAGAUUUAAGUCAAAACUGUAACUUACCUGCUCAGAAACAUUCACUGUCUUCUUGGUAAGCAACUCCAGUGUAGAUUUGGCUUUGUCUUUUAGGUUAUUGUCCUGCUGAAAGGUGAAUUCCUCUCCCAGUGUCUGGUGUAAAGCAGACUGAAGCAGGUUUUCCUCUAGGAUUUUGCCAAAACUCCCGUCUUCCAUACCCAUACAAUGAUGCGGCCACCACCAUGCUUGAAAAUAAUGAGGCAGUUACUCAGUGAAGUGUUGUGCAUCCAAACAUAAGGCUUAGCAUUUAGGCCAAAAAGUAUAUUCCUUUGCUAUAUAUUUUUUCCCCAGUAUUACUUUAGUGCCUGCAUACAAGAUGCAUGUUUUGGAAUACUUUUGUUUAUUUUAUUAUUUUCACUCUGUAAUUUUGGUAUUUAUUGUGGAGUCACUACAAUGUUGUUGAUCCAUCCUCAGUUUUCUCCCAUCACAGCCAUUGUAGCUGUUGUAAAAUCACCAAUGGCCUCAUGGUGACAUCCGUAAGCAGUUUCCUUCCUGUCCUGCAGCUCAGUUCAGAAGGACGACUGUAUCUUUGCAUUGUCUGGGUGGUUUAAUACAUCAUCCACAGCAUAAUUAUUAACUUGACCAUGCUUAAAGAUAUAUUCAAUGUCUGAUUUGUUAUUGUUACCCAUCUACCAAUCACUGCCCUUCUUUAUGAGGCUUUCGAAAAGCUCCCUGGUGUUUGUACUAGAAUCUGUGCUUGAAAUUCAGUUCUUGACUAAUGGAACCUUACAGAUGAUGUAUGUAUGGGGGACAAAGGAAUGGGUAGUCUGCUGGCCCCCCUACCUCUGCGGAAGCACAGUUCCCGCUCAGCCCAGUCAAAACUGUUCGCUGCUCUGGCACCCCAAUGGUGGAACAAGCUCCCUCACGACGCCAGGACAGCGGAGUCACUCACCACCUUCCGGAGACACUUGAAACCCCACCUUUUUAAGGAAUACCUGGGAUAGGAUAAAGUAAUCCUUCUACCCCCCCCUUACCCCCCCCCCCCAAAAAAAAUAAAAAAAUACAUAUUGUAAAGUGGUUAUCCCACUAGCUAUAAGGUGAAUGCACCAAUUUGUAAGUGGCUCUGGAUAAGAGCGUCUGCUAAAUGACGUAAAUGUAGGUGUUCUAAAAUCACGUCAACCCUUAUUAUUUCACACAACGUGAGUCCAUAUAACUUAUUAUGUGAUUUGUUAAGCAAAAUGUUAAUUCUGAACUAAUUUAGGCUUGCCUAAACAAAGGGGGUGAAUACUUAUGCAACAACUGUAUUUUAGUUAUUUAAUUUGUAUUAAUUUGUUAAACAUUUAGUGUUUGGUGUAGAUCAAUGACAAAUUACUAUUAAAUAUAUUUCAAUCCGACUUUGUAACACAACAUUUUUUGAAAAAAGUUCAAGGGGGUGUAGACUUUCUAUAGGCACUGUAUAUACACUGAACAAAAAUAUAAACGCAAUGUAAAGUGUUGGUCCCAUGUUUCACAAGCUGAAAAAAAAGAUCCCAGAAAUUUUCCAUAGGCACAAAAAGCUUAUUUCUCUCAAAUUGUGUGCACAAAUUUGUUUACAUCCCUGCUAGUGAGCAUUUCUCCUUUGCCAAGACAAUCCAUCUACAUGACAGGUGUGGCAUAUCAUGAAGUUGAUUAAACAGCAUAAUCAUUACACAGGUGCACCUUGUGCCAGAGACAAUAAAAGGCCACUCUAAAAUUUGCAGUUUUGUCACAACAGAUGUCUCAAGUUUUGACUGCAGGAAUGUUCAACAGAGCUGUUGCCAGAGAAUGUAAUGUUAAUUUCUCUACCAUAAGCCGCCUCCAACGUCAUUUUAGAGAAUUUAGCAGUACGUCCAACCGGCCUCACAACCGCAGACCACGUGUAACCACACCAGCACACUGAUCUCCACUUCCGGCUUCUUCAUCUGCAGGAUCGUCUGAGACCAGCCACCCAGACUGUGGGUUUGCACAACCGAAGAAUUUCUGCACAAACUGUCAAAAACCAUCUCAUAGAAGCUCGUCUGCGUGCUCGUCGUCUUCACCAGGGUCUUGACCUGACUGCAGAUCGGCGUCGUAACUGACUUCAGUGGGCAAAUGCACACCUUCGAUGGCCACUGGCACACUGGAGAAGUGUACUCUUCACGGAUGAAUCCUGGUUUCAACUGUACCGGGCAGAUGGCAGACAGCGUGUAUAGCAUCGUGUGGGCGAGCGGUUUGCUGAUGUCAACGUUGUGAACGGAGUGCCCCAUGGUGGGGUUAUGGUAUGGGCAAGCAUAAGCUACUGACAACCAACACAAUUGCAUUUUAUCGAUGGCAAUUUGAAUGCACAGAGAUACCGUGACGAGAUCCUGAGGCCCAUUGUCGUGCCAGUCAUCCGCCGCCAUCACCUCAUGUUUCAGCAUGAUAAGACUGAAACUGGUGGUCACACCAGAUACUGACUGGUUUUAUAUCCAUGACCCUAAAGGUAUCUGUGACAAACAGAUGCAUAUUUGUAUUCCCAGUCAUAUGAAAUCCAUAGAUUAGGGCCUAAUGAAUUUAUUUCAAUUGACUGAUUUUCCUUAUUAAAAUAUUUUAAAUUAUUGCAUGUUGCGUUUAUAUUUUUGUUCAGUGUAUAUUUAUAUGCACCACGGCCAGUUUAUUAGGUACACCCAUCUAGUACCAGGUCAGACCCCACUUUGCCUCCAGAACAACCUGAAUUCUUUGAGGCAUGGAAACGUUGCUCAAUUAGUAUCAAGGGACCUAACGUGUGCCAGGAAAACUUUCUCCACACCAUUACACCACCUCCACCAGCCUGUACCGUUGACACCAGGCAGGACGGGGCCAUGGACUCAUGCUGCUUAUCCCAAAUCCUGACUCUGCCAUUCGCAUGACGCAACAGGAUCCGGGAUUCUUUGGACCAGGCAAUGUUUUUCCACUCCUUAAUUGUUCAGUGUUGGUGAUUGCGUGCCCACUGGAGCGGCUUCUUCUUCUUUUUAGCUGAUAAGAGUGGAACCCGGUGUGAUCGUCUGUGCAUUCUGAGAUGCCGUUCUGCACUCCACUGUUGUACUGCGCUGUUAUUAUGGCACGCCUGUUAACUUGCACGAUUCUUGCCAUUCUCCUUCGACCUCAUCAACUAGCUGUUUUUGCCCACAGGACUGCCGCUGACUGGAUGCUUUUUGUUUGUCGCACCAUUCUCGGUAAACCCUAGACACUAUUGCGUAUGAAAGGAGGCCAGCCGUUUCUGAGAUACUGGAACCGGCGUGCCUGGCACCGACGAUCAUACCACGCUCAAAGUCACUUAGGUCACUCGUUUUGCCCAUUCUAACAUUCAAUCGAACAGUAACUGAAUGCCUGGAUGCCUGUCUGCUUGCAUUUUCGUGAACGGGUGGUGUAUCUAAUAAACUAGCCACUGAGAGGACUCAAUGUUAAUACGUAUGAGAAGGGAACUCCAUCUCUCUCUCUCUCUGUGUCUCUGUCUGUCUCUCUCUGUCUUACUCACUCACACUCACAGAGAGAGGAGAAGGCUUGUCUUCCUGUUAUUCGAAGUUCUCAGAACUGUAGUCAGCAUUUUAAGCAGGAUUUGAUCUGUCUUCCUUCUCAACCUGGCUACCAAAGUGUACGUGUGUGUGUGUGUGUGUGCGUGUGUGUGUGUGCGUGCUUGUGUGUGGUGUUGCUUGGGGUGCGGGAUUCAUGUACAAUAACAUUUGGCGUUCUCAAGACUUAACAAGACACGCUUCCUGACCGAGCCCCAACGCUUUUGUGUGCCUCCAUCCUGCUGCUUCCUGUAGACUCGAUGGCCCCAGUCCUCCCACUUCCUUUCUCCCCUCUGUGGUUCACACAAUUAAAUAAACCCAUUUGUGUAUUAUUGUAAUAUUAUACUAGUGUGAUCUAAAUAGGUUGGAUUUUUAUAUUUGACUUCCUUGUGAAUAAUGCAGAAUCAUUAAAGAGCAGUUCACACAUAGAGGUUGGAGUUGUCUAAUCAAGUCAGUUGAUGGCAGUGUCAUUCCUAGGAGACUGGGCUAACGUUUCAGCCCACUGUGGAUUGGCUGCUGCUAACUAAAGGUACUGUUUGUCCACAGGUCUGGAAGCGGAGAUUUGGAACGCCUAACCUACCCUAUGGACAAUGCUGCGACGGCCAACCGGAGAGGGAGCUCCGAGUCAGGGAGUCAGGGUGGGUGUCAGGGUCAGGAAGGGGCGGACCUUCUUUCCCAUGCGUGUCGUUUCACAACAAGGAAGUGUGUGAAUAUCUCAGGAUUCUAUUGUAUCUUGAUGUUUGAAAUUAUGCUGUAGUGGUUACGAUUGUCUCAGUUGCUUAGAAUCAGAGCAUGGUGCUUGUAACAGUUUGAGGAGUUGUGGGUGUGAUUCCUGCAUGGGUGAACAUAGCGGUAAUGAGCUAAUUGUGGAUCAAAAUGUCUGCUAAAUGACCAUGUUAUUACAUUCUAUUCUUACGCCUUGCUUGUCGUCCCCCCCCCCCUCUAGGCUCUGCAACCUUUGCCCUCUCGGAGCAGGUGUACCAUAAGACUGACCACUUCCUGUGUUUGUACCCCUGGUUCCACGGCCCCAUCUCGCGGGUCAAGGCGGCCCACCUGGUCCAGAACUCGGGCCUGGAGGGCCACGGAGUCUUCCUGGUGAGGCAGAGUGAGACCCGCCGCGGAGACUACGUCCUCACCUUCAACUACCAGGGCAAGGCCAAGGUGGGGCAGAGACACACACAGACAGGUUCUAGAAUAAUACCUUUUUAGUUUUUGAUAUAAUGUUCUCUAUAAAGAUGUCUGAAUAGAAGCACCAUCAUCUUGGUCAUUGUUGUUAGUGUCCAUGUAGUGAUCCUUGUAAAAUUGAAAGAAGACUUAUUCUCUCUCUCGGUCUCCUUCUCUGCAGCACCUGCGUCUGUCUCUAACAGAGUGUGGUCAGUGUAGGGUGCAGCACCUGCGUUUCCCCUCCGUCAUGGACAUGCUCAGUCACUUCCGCCUCUACCCCAUACCCCUGGAGUGUGUCGCCGCCUGCGACGUCACCCUGUCCAGCUUUGUGGUGGCCAACUCCUCCACACAAGGUGAGUCUUCGUUACUGACCCCUGACCUCCACUACACACACACACACACACACACACACACACACACACAUACAUACAUACAUACAUACAUACAUACAUACAUACAUACAUACAUAUAACAGAGAUGUUGAUGACUAGCUAAAUACUUUUUAACUUGGGGCUACUGCUAGUUUCAAGUUUUAUUAGUUGUUAGUGGUGCGUGGGUCAGCUGCUUGUUCACCCGCACCACCCGCAAUUACUAAUAACCCAUCCGCAAUUACUAAUAAAAUAAUAUAAUAAUAAUAUGCCAUUUAGCAGACGCUUUUAUCCAAAGCGACUUACAGUCAUGCGUGCAUAAUUUUUUUUGUGUAUGGGUGGUCCCGGGGAUCGAAUCCACUACCUUGGCGUUACAAGCGCCGUGCUCUACCAGCUGAGCUACAGAGGACAAUAACCCAUCCGCAACUGCUCGAUUAUAUGUGAUAAAGUCCAAAUUUGAGGCUUUUUUAGAUAGGCCUGUUUCUGCUUAUUUGUGACAUUUUGGUAGACUAUUUGUUAGUCAACUUGUCUAUAAUUAGAUACAUGCAGCUUCUCUUCUGUCAUUACUUGUUGCCCUAGGAGACUAAAUAAACCCAGAAUAAUGUCAUGCAUAACAAAUAGACUACCAAAAUGUUGGAAAUUAUAAUCAGAAACAUGGUUCAUGAAAUGUCCAACUUAUUAACAUCAGAAAACAUUCAUAUUCUGGCCAUCUCUGAAACACACGUAGAUAAUUCAUUUUGAUGCAGUAGUAGCUAUACAUGGUUAUAGCAUGUACAGGAAAGAUAGGAAUGCAAAUGGAGGUGUUGCUAUAUACACCACAUGACCAAAAGUAUGUGGACACCUGCUUGGCGAACAUGUCAUUCCAAAAUCAUGGGCAUUAAUAUGGAGUUGGUCCCCCCUUUGCUGCUAUAACAGCCUCCACUCUUCUGAAAAGGCUUUACACUAGAUGUUAGAACACUGCUGCAGGGACUUGCUUCCAUUCAGCCACAAGCAUUAGUGAGGUCGGGCACUGAUGUUGGGCGAUUAGGCCUGGCUCGCAGUCGGCGUUUCAAUUCAUUCCAAAGGUGUUCAAUGGGGUUGAGGUCAGGGCUCUGUGCAGGCCAGUCAAUUUCUUCCACACCGAUCUCGACAAACCAUUUCUGUAUGGACCUCGCUUUGUGCAUUGUCAUGCAAAACAGGAAAGGGCCUUCCCCAAACUGUUGCCACCAUAGCAACACCCACCCGUAGUCUGCGCUACAGCAGGUAUAUCUCACUGGUCAUCCCCAAAGCCAACACCUUCCAGUUCUCUGCUGCCAAUGACUGGAACGAACUGCAAAAAUCUCUGAAGCUGGAGACUCUUAUCUCCCUCACUAACUUUAAGCAUCAGUUGUCAGAGCAGCUUACUGAUCACUGCACCUGUACACAGCCCAUCUGUAAUUAGCCCACCCAUACCCAUUUAUUUUGCUCAUUUGCACCCCAGUAUCUCUAUUUGCACAUCAUCUCUAACAUCAUCUAUCAUUCCAGUGUUAAUACUAAAUAGUAAUUAUUUUGCACUAUGGCCUAUUUAUUGCUUUACCUCCAUAUAUUACUACAUUUGCACACACUGUAUAUAGAUUUUCUAUUGUGUUAUUGACUGUACGUUUUGUUUACCCCAUAUGUAACUCUGUGUUGUUGUUUUUAUCACACUGCUUUGCUUUAUCUUGGCCAGGUCGCAGUUGUAAAUGAGAACUUGUUCUCAACUGGCUUACCUGGUUAAAUAAAGGUGAAAAAAACUAAAAAGUUGGAAGCACAGAAUCGUCAUUGUAUGUGUAGUGUUAAGAUUUCCCUUCACUGGAACUAAGGGGCCUAGUACGUACCAUUUAAAACAGCCCCAGACCAUUAUUCCUCCUCCACCAAACUUUACAGUUGGCACUAUGCAUUGGGGCAGGUAGCCUUCUCCUGGCAUCCGCCAAACCUACAUUCGUCCGUCGGACUGCCAGAGGGUGAAGCGUGAUUCAUCACUCCAGAGAACGCAUUUCCACUACUCCAGAGUCCAAUGGCUGCGAGCUUUACACCACUCCAGUCGACGCUUGGCAUUGCGCGUGGUGAUCUUAAGCUUGUGUGCAGCUGCUAGGCCAUGGAAACCCAUUUCAUGAAGCUCCCGAUGAACAGUUAUUGUGCUGACGUUGCUUCCAGAGGCAGUUUGGAACUCGGUAGUGAGUGUUGCAACCGAGGACAAACUAUUUUUACACGCUACGCGCUUCAGCACUCUGCAGUCCUGUUCUGUGAGCUUGUGUGGCCUACCACUUCGCGGUUGAGCCGUUGUUGCUCCUAGACCUCUCCGCUUCACAAUAACAGCACUUACAGUUGACCGGGGCAGCUCUAGCAGAGCAGAAAUGUGAGAAACUGACUUGUUGGAAAGGUGGCAUCUUAUGACAGAGCCACGUUGAAAGUCACUGAGCUCUUCAGUAAGGCCAUUCUACUGGCAAUGUUUGUUUAUGGAGAUUGCAUGGCUGUGUGCUUGAUUUUAUACACCUGUCAGCAACAGGUUUGGCUGAAAUAGCCGAAUCCACUAAUUUGAAGGGGUGUCCACAUACUUUUGUGUAUAUAUAGUGUAUCUAAAUCAGGCAAAAAAAACUAUCCUACACCCCGUCAAAAAAUAGUUCUGUUGUCUUUGAAUGUAGCCUACAGCAUUUUCUGUAUUAGCGGGUUAGGGUCGGGUGCGGUCCUCAGAUUUUCACAUAUAGUCGGGCGGUUGCGGACAGGUUAUUAGUAAUUGCGGGAGCGUGAACAAACAGCUGACCUGUGUGUGUGUGUGUGUGUGUGUGUGUGUGUGAGUGCAUGUGUGCUAAGGUGCAGGUGGUCAGUCCAGUUCAAGUGUUCAGCAGUCUGAUGGCUUGUAGAAAGAAACUGUCUCUGAGCCUGUUGUUAUGCUCCAAUAACGUGUGCCCUCUUGACAAGAGUGGUGGUGUUGGUGGUCCAUGUCAAGUCCUCGGAGCAUGUUCCCUCCUCUGCUUCCGGAAGUCGACAAUCAGCUCCUUUUGUUUUGCUGACGUUGAGGGAGAGGUUGUUGUCCUGGCACCACAAUGCCAUUUGACUUACCUCCUCCCUAUAGGCUGACUCCUUGUUGUUGGUCAUCAGACCUACAGUUGUGGUGUUGACAUGCAAACUGAUGGAGUUGGUGUCGCGUUAUGGUGAUGUGCUAACACUUUACAUAAAGAUAUUAACAUUUUGCACACAAAAAAACGUAUUUGAAAAAUAGACAGUAUUUUACUUUAAUUGUUAUUAAUACAGCUACAACUAUGGGAAUAUACAGGAUAGGAUAUGGGAAUCGGCACAAAAAGGAUGUUACAAGUCAAAGCCUUUAUUUAUGUCAGCAUAAAUACUCUAAUGUCAUUGUGUCCCCUCGCCCUCUUUCAGGUCAGAUUUCAGCAGCUGUCCUGGUUCCCUUCUCCCUGCACCGCUGGAGCUCCGAGCCCAGCCUGGCCCACAGCCCGCUCCCCUCAGCAGCCCCCUCCCCAGACCCCCUGCCCCAACCCAGGCACCCUCUCCCACGCACUGCGCCCUUCCCAGACCUUCCCACCUCGGGUCCCUUGCGUCGGAGCGAGUCGGUGGGCCGCAGACCCCUGCUGCGUCACCCCAACCCCCACCCACCCCUCCUCACUCAACGGGACUCCGACUACGAACUGGAGCCAGACAGAGGCCGCAAGAGGGCCAUCGACAACCAGUACAUGUUCCUC